AUCUCCCCCUAACCUAGCAACAAAUCAUAGUUGCAGUGUCACAUACACACAUAAAAACACAAAACAAACAGUGUGUCAUAAUAUAGCCAUGGAUAAUCUCAUAGAAGCUCUUCAACCUCCUUUACCCAUGGCGUUUCUAUUUAUUGCCCCUUUACUAUUUUUGUUGGGUCUAGUCUUUAUGAGGAGAAAGAAGCCUUUUCCACCGGGACCGAAGGGUUUACCCAUAAUCGGAAACAUGUCGAUGAUGGAUCAGUUAACACACAGAGGACUGGCCAAACUCGCUAAGCAAUACGGCGGUCUCUUCCACCUCAAAAUGGGUUACGUGCACAUGUUCGCUGUUUCGUCACCUGACGUGGCACGUGAGGUUCUUCAGGUUCAGGACAGCAUUUUCUCUAACCGUCCCGCCACCAUAGCCAUCAGCUACCUCACCUACGACCGAGCGGACAUGGCUUUCGCUCACUACGGUCCCUUUUGGCGCCAGAUGCGCAAGCUCUGCGUCAUGAAGCUCUUCAGCCGCAAACGUGCCGAGUCUUGGGACUCCGUCCGCGACGAGGUCGAUAAGACUGUCGGCAUCGUCGCCGCCAAUACCGGCACGGCGGUGAACGUCGGAGAGUUGGUUUUUGCCCUUACGAGGGAUAUUAUCUACAGAGCGGCUUUCGGCACCAGCACUCAAGAAGGACAGGACGAGUUCAUAAGCAUACUGCAGGAAUUUUCAAAGCUUUUCGGAGCUUUUAAUAUCGCUGACUUUAUUCCUUGGCUUGGUUGGGUCGACCCGCAGGGACUCAAUAACAGACUCGCGAAAGCUCGCGCGUCGCUGGACGGAUUUAUCGAUAGGAUCAUCGACGACCACAUACAAAAGAAGGCGAACAAGAAUGGCCCCGACGAUGUGGACACUGACAUGGUGGAUGAGUUAUUAGCUUUUUACAGUGACGAAGCCAAAGUUAAAGAAUCUGAGGAUUUACAAAACUCAAUCACACUCACCAGAGAUAAUAUCAAAGCCAUCAUCAUGGAUGUAAUGUUCGGUGGGACAGAGACAGUGGCAUCAGCAAUAGAGUGGACAAUGGCGGAGUUAAUGAGAAGCCCAGAAGACCUAAAGAAGGUCCAACAAGAGCUCGCCGAAGUGGUUGGUCUUGAUCGGCGGAUCGAAGAGAGCGACUUCGAGAAACUGACUUAUCUCAAAUGCGUAUUCAAAGAGACGCUUAGACUCCACCCACCGAUUCCUCUUCUCCUCCACGAGACCUCCGAGGACUCCGAGAUCGCCGGCUACUACAUUCCCAAGAAAUCGCGCGUCAUGAUCAACGCGUGGGCGAUUGGGAGGGAUCACAAUUCCUGGGAAGAUGCUGACACGUUCAGGCCUUCCAGGUUUCUCAAAGAAGGCGUGCCCGAUUUCAAAGGGAGCAAUUUCGAGUUCAUUCCUUUCGGGUCGGGUCGGAGGUCUUGUCCGGGUAUGCAAUUGGGCCUCUUCGCGCUGGAAUUGGCCGUCAGCCAUCUUCUUCACUGUUUUUCGUGGGAAUUACCCGAUGGGAUGAAACCGAGUGAGCUCGAUAUGAACGAUGUCUUCGGACUCACCGCUCCAAGAGCGAGUCGACUCAUUGCCGUACCGAGCAAACGCGUGUUGUGUCCUCUCUGAGCCCCAAAAAAAAAAAAAAAAUUUAAAAAAACAAACACGUUGGAGCGAGGAAGGAAAUUAAGUUGUAUUUGGAGUCUCUCUUCUAUAUGUUUGCAGAUGCAACGUGCGGCCACAGGUGAAAUCUGAAUGGGUUUUUCUUUUUAUUUUUCUUUUUGCUUUCUUUUUUUAAAUAUUAAAUAUUUGGGAAGAACCAGAAAAAAAUAACUGAAAAAAAAAAAUUGAUAAAAACGAGGGAAUAUUGUUUCUCUUUCUUUGUGGAUAAAAGCUUUUUCACUUGGUUCAUGUGGAAAUUGCAUGUAUUAUUAUUUCUCUUUUUUUUUUUUUAUUUAAAUACACUUGAAAUAAAAAGGUUUACACGUUAUUAUUUUUAAAAA